UUUCCCGAUCGCAUGAGUCGCUUGUUGUGUGCCAAGAAUACAGACAUGGGAAAUUACGCAUUGCUUUGCAACCUGAUUUUACUCGUUCACGUUUCCAUGCAAGCUGUAACGAUCAUCGACCCCCUGCCGCAAAACGUCUUCGCCAUUAGUGGUUCACAGGUUAAUAUCACUUGUAUCGUUGUCGGUGACAACGGACUGCCUCCUGUUAGGGUGAAGUUUCAAAGGAGAAAAUUACUUCCAAAUUACGAAGAAAAGUGGUUAGACAUUCCGGAAACGGAGACGGUAUUUCAAACUAACAAAACAGAAGGGAACAGAAUAACCGCGACGUUGUACUUUACUAACAUUACAAUCGAAGAUGAUACCUCUAAGGGGAGACACGCAUGCAUCGGAUAUUCUACCAAGGGCGGAAAAGGAGAAAGACACGGUUUCACCAUCCAUGUCACUGCAGUCGAGGACUUGCCCGUGGCUCGGCUUAUUCCGAACAUUACAGUAUCUUAUGGAGACAGUGCCAGGCUUUACUGUAAUCUGACCCACGAUAAUAACGAGCAAACCACACCUAUAAAAAAAGUGACGUACUUAAAAAAUGGCAAACACGUGAAAACUACAACUGAUGUCAAUCAGCCGUUAAUCUUGAAUUCUGUCGGUGCAAGAGAAGGUGGAGAAUAUCGAUGUAGAAUCACCGUUUACCUUAAAUCCUUAGAACCUUACGAUGUUACGUCGUCGGCAGCUUAUCUCCACGUUCGUGUACGUUUUCCUAUCAGUGAGGUAAAGUUAACAGCUGACAUUGGGGAUAGCGUGGCUAUGGUUUGCAGCGCUGAAGGUUAUCCUUUGAAUAUAGAAUGGAGGAGAAACUUCGAGGGAAAAAGUGCCAUUAUCAAACCCAAAGGCCGUUUCAUACUUCAGGGUGAAUGCAGUUUCUGUGAUUCGAUCCUCGUUAUUCAGAACGCCACCGCAGAGGAUUCUGGGAACUACUCAUGUAGUGCAAGUAACGGUCCUGGUCAGCAGUUUUUCCUUGUCAAGGUGGCCAACGGAACUUUAAUAAACGUGGCGCAUGCAACCUCAGUUCCAAAUCAUUUGAAAAUCAUCAUGCCAGCGUUCCUGUGGACUUGGUGGAAUUCAUUUUAGACAUGAGAAAAAAAAGGCACUAACGAAGAACAGCUCCCGGUGAAUUAGACCGAAAAAGAAAGCAAAGUAGUCGUGAUCAGUUUUGUAAAUUGCCUGUUGCGCAGCUAGAUGAUAGUGAUGAACCCGCUGAAGAUGAAAAGACGCAUCAUUUACAUAUUGAUAGUUAAGCCACCUACAUAAGAUUCCUUUUUGAAAAAUAACGUAAGCUGUGACAAUUUUAUUUAAAAUUAGGACGAUAUGUAGAUGUUUAAGUGAACACUGAGACGUUGUCUCAUGGCAUGGAAUGCCACAAAAGCUAGCGCUUUUUCUAGUAGGAAAUUGUUAACGUAGCGUAGAAUUGCAUGACAAGUUGAUCUCCGUAAAGCACGCUAUCCAUCAAGUUUUGUAGAAUCGAUUUUUUGCGGUUAGAAAAUUUACUUAUGAUUGCAGUGAAAACUUAGUUACAUCGACUGUAAAAUAAUAGUGGUAAAUAUUAUGAUGGCCGUAAAAUUAUGAAUCGCCUUUACCGUUGAGUCUUAUCAUCAUCAUUAUUAUUAUUAAUAUUAUUAUUAUUUGCGCGGUGAUAGAUUUAAAAAUACUUUUCUAAAGUGAUAGAGAAGUAAAUCAGUUUAUUUACUCGUGAAUGUAUCGUAUUUAUUGCAAGAUUUGACCUUUUUACAAAGCAUUUACACGUUUUAAAAAGGCAACAUAUUAGGGAUUAGAUUUCAAAGUUAGUAUCCUUUAGGAGCAGUAUUGAUACUGUUUGGCUAAAGCAGACACUCAGCCAAGAUUACUUAUCGUACUUAGAAAUAAUUAAGCAAUUUCUCCAAACAUGUUUUGAAAUUUUUAAUCAAAAUAGAUAGCAAAUGCGCAACAGAGCUUUACUGAAUACUAUUGCAACGAAGAAUUCAUUAGGUUGUAUGUUUAUUUGUUUG